ACAUAAUUUCUCAAUUUGUAUAAUUGUGAACCCCACAGUUUUAUUACAAACAAAUAUUAAAGACACUCGGAACUAGUAGAAAGGUCCAUCUAGCAAUUGCAAUUUUUAAUUGAGGGUAAAGAGAUAUUUAUGCAUCAACUUUCUCUAUAUAUGUAACACUAACUCCUAUGCCAAGUUAGGAAAAUCUGAUCCAUUACAAACAAACAAGAAAAGAGAGAAAGAUGGUUCUGCUAGAGAAGCUUUGGGAUGAUGUUUUGGCUGGACCUCAGCCUGAUCGUGGCCUUGGCAAGUUGAGGAAGAUCUCCACCAAGCCCAUCCACAUCCCAGCCCCAGAUGUGGAUAUUGGAGAGGGGAGCAAGUUCCAGAGGUCGUUGUCCAUGCCAGCAAGCCCGGCUAUACCAGUGACACCAACAACUCCAGUAUCGGCCCGUAAGGAAAACGUUUGGAGGAGCGUGUUCCACCCAGGUAGCAACCUUGCCACUAAGAGAAUUGGUAAUCAGUACUUUGACAAGCCACAGCCUAACUCUCCCACUGUCUAUGACUGGCUCUACAGUGGUCAGACCAAGAGCGAGCAUCGCUGAGGAGGUGACAGGUUACCGAUCGAGGCUUGCAUUGCAUGUAAAUAGCGCUUUUGCUUUGUUUUGUUUCGUUUCCUAGUGUUGGACGUGUCGUUUUUAUAGUAAUGUGAGUACGUGUCCUAACUAGGCUUGGCUCCUAAUGAGGUAGCUCACUAUUAAUAUAUGUAAGCUUUGUGUGAGUAAUGUAAGCGUUUAUGUUGUAGAAUGGUGUCACGGUAAUUGAAUUUUGUAAGUAGUAUCUUCCUUAGAAGAUGAUGAUUAUCAUGAUCGGCAGCUACUUUUCUUAUUAAUAAAAAAAAUCCUAUUAUGUGUGUUCUUUUCAAA